CUCCCAGCAUGCAGUGCGGCAGCCGCCUGUGUCGAGGCUGCUUUCAGCUGGGGGGCUGACUGGAGCCUGCAGGGGGCAGGAUGGCUGCCGGGGGGAAGGACCCGGUGACAUUUGAUGAUGUGGCGGUAUAUUUCACGGAGGAGGAAUGGGAGUGCCUGGAAGAAUGGCAGAAGGAGUUGUACAAGGACGUCAUGGCAGACAAUUACCAGUCUCUCUGUUCUUUGGGGCUGCCUGUGGUGAAGUCUGAGGUCCUGCUAAUGAUUGAGCGUGGAGAGGAACCUUGUGUACUGGGCUAUCCAAGAUGGGAAGAGCUGGGGCUUGAGACAUCUACCAUCACAGAUUGCCAUGGCCGGAGACCUGAGGAGAAAUGGGCGAUGUAUGAGACAGAUGACCUCCAGACAGAACUUCAACCAUCUUUGUAUGGUAAACGGCUUGGGAGGAAGCGUAGCGGGCGACGAUCACCCAACUUUUCAAGAGCGGAGCUGGAGUGCUUUGUGUCUCUGAUGGAUCGUUAUCUCCCGGAUAACUUACAGAGAGCAGGCGCUAUCUCCAUACACCAGCGCCGAUCUAUCCUCAUGGACAUCGCCCGCUGCCUGGAACCCAUGUCUGGCUAUCUACGCACCCCGCGUCAACUGCUGCACCGAUGGGCGGAUUUCAACAACCGGGAUCCUGAGCGACUGACUGAGAUACGGAUGCGGUUACACAUUGCCGCCAGCCGUGAGCAGAAGUCGGCAGACAUGCAGGGAGCAGCGUCACCCGCCCUGGCUCGGCUGCAGCAGGGGGCGCUGUCAUUUCCCCGGAAUACUCGGCCUCCCCCAGGAAGGCGGUGGAGACGGAAAUGUAGACGCCCCCUCUCAUCAUCAUCCUCGGAGGAGGGGGAGGAGCCUCAGGCACCGCCGGAUGCUGUGUGGGAUGAGGAGAGCCAGGAAACUCAUUAUUAUCGUGUACCGCGCAGUCCGCCUGCGCCAUUCUCCAGCCACAUCGAUGCACAGGGACGUUACAUUGAGCCUCCUCCGCUGCCGGUAUCAGGGAGGAGUUGGCAGCAUCAGCGUUCUGUGGACUCCUCUAGUCCACCGAGUACCCCAAUACUGGCUGAGGGCCUGUCAUGGAGGGAGACCUCCACCACGUUUUAUACUCCAUUAAAGGAGGAAGGUCGCCCCGUGAUAAAGUCUGAGGCAGACGGACAUGUGGGACAACAUGGAGACUCAGCAGGAAGGCGGUGGAGACGGAAAUGUAGACGCCCCCUCUCAUCAUCAUCCUCGGAAGAGGGGGAGGAGCCUCAGGCACCGCCGGAUGCUGUGUGGGAUGAGGAGAGCCAGGAAACUCAUUAUUAUCCUGUACCGCGCAGUCCGCCUGCGCCAUUCUCCAGCCACAUCGAUGCACAGGGACGUUACAUUGAGCCUCCUCCGCUGCCGGUAUCAGAUGGCGGUGACGUAAAGCGUGAGACUGAUGAUGAUCUGUUUACGUCAGGACCCCAUGAAUUGGAGCUACAGACAGAUCACUCAGGAAGAUCAGCCAAGAGAUCUCCCAACUUCUCCCCGGCGGAGCUGCAGUGUUUUGUGGCCCUCAUGGAUCACUUCCUGCCCGAUAACCUUAUUAGAGCCGGGGCAAUUCCCAUCAGACAACGCAAAUCCAUCCUGCUGCAGAUCGCCCGCCACCUGGAACCGCUGUCCGGCUGUCUGCGCACCCCUCGCCAACUCCGGCACCGCUGGACGGACUUUAAUAACCGGGACCCAGAUCGUCUGCAAGAGAUACGAAGCCGGCUGAGGAGAGAUCAAACACCUUUACGAUCUUCUGAUAUAUUGUGGUCACCGACAAGUCUCCGGCGACUUCCCCGAGGGAGGCGAUGGAGACACAGACCUCUUCAUCCACUGCUUGAGCAUGAAGAAGCCAAGGACAAGAAAGAGGAGCAGAAAUCAGAGCAGAUGAAGCUAGACCUGGAAAUCUUACCGGAACUGAAGCCCAGGGUUUCCCAUCCACGCUUGGGACUUGCGAAGUUUAGAAACUCCUUCUCUAUGGCGCGUCUAAAAAGGAAGCGUCGCCUGGCACUUCACAUCCUGCGCAUCGAGAGAUUGCUGCGGCGAGUUGACCACCGUCAAGAGCUGCUUCUCCAGAGGGCAGGUCUCAGUGUGGACAAGAGUUACUGCUCUGAACUCCAACCUCCAGAGACAUAGAACACAUGUGAGGCCAGAGCUCCACAGGAAGAUGUACAUGCCGUAGCAGGAGUGUCUUUCAGUCUAUGCCGACUUUGGACAAUUUGGUUCAGCAUUUAUUGCUAGGAUAUGCUUGACUCGUCUCCGAGAACCUGCAUCUGCUGCUCAUCCCGUUUGUCUUCCAGUUUAAAUUUUUAAUAUUAGCAGCAGCACAAAGUAUUUCAGGAGCCAAGUGUGAUCAUCUUUUGGAAAGCAGUGUUCUGUCCACUCAUGUGAUUUUGUGAGAACAGGAGCUUUACCCAAGCAAUGUGUUGUGAGGUAACAUGACAGCCACACAUUCAGAAUUAUAUAACGAAAGGAGCAGGGUCCCCAGCAGCACAGAGUAUAUCAGGAGAUGAGUGAUGUGUCAGUGAGGACAGGGCUGCAUGUGACAGGGGCAGUGACAUGAUGUGAGGAGGGGAAUGGAGGCAGCAGGAAGCCACAGACUGAGAGUUAUAUAGUGGGAGGAGCAGGGUCCCCAGCAGCACAGAGUAUAUCAGGAGAUGAGUGAAGUGUCAGUAUGGACAGGGCUGCAUGUGACAGGGGCAGUGACAUGAUGUGAGGAGGGGAAUGGAGGCAGCAGGAAGCCACAGACUGAGAGUUAUAUAGUGGGAGGAGCAGGGUCCCCAGCAGCACAGAGUAUAUCAGGAGAUGAGUGAUGUGUCAGUGAGGACAGAGCUGCAUGUGACAGGGACAGUGACAUGAUGUGAGGAGGGGAAUGGAGGCAGCAGGAAGCCACAGACUGAGAGUUAUAUAGUGUGGGGAGCAGGGUCCCCAGCAGCACAGAGUAUAUCAGGAGAUGAGUGAUGUGUCAGUGAGGACAGAGCUGCAUGUGACAGGGGCAGUGACAUGAUGUGAGGAGGGGAAUGGAGGCAGCA